UAGCAAGCUGGUGUGUGUGCAUACAUGCGCACGUGUGCACACACACACACACACACACACAUACAUUUGUAGAAUAGUGCUGGGACUACAGGUCUAGCAGGACAAUGAAGCAAGAGAGCAGAAGUUUAGAAGGAAAACAUUUCUUACAGCAUGGACUCUGAAUCUCUGGACAACUGCAUCCAGAGCACACUCGCGGCGCUCUACCCGCCGUUCGAGGCCACCGGUGGCACCGUGCUGUGCCAGGUGCUGGAUGUGGUCGACUCAUCGUACCGCGGAGACGGCCUGCGCUACCUCAUCGACUUCCUGGUCCCCGCCAAGCACAUUCUCCAGAGCAUCCAGCAGGACGCAUGUUUUCCAUAUUGCGGUUUCCUGUUCCGUCACGAGGGCUGGCCACUGUGUGUCCAUGAGAAGAUCAUAGUCCAGUUGUCCUCUUUGGACAGACGCAUCCUGCAGCCUGGUGACUUUUAUCUGCAGGUGGCACCGUCACCAAGAAGCUCGCCACGCAUCGCCCUCAAGUGCCUAUCAGCGAACGGGCAGCAUGUGGAGGAGCUGGAGAUUCCGGAGUUAGCCUACACCACACUUUUCAGCAUGGCCUGGCUGGACUCCAUCAACCAGGAGAGGAGCGGAAAUGGCCAAGUCACCCUGGAGCACUGCCUUUUGUCUGCCGAUAAUGACAUCUUCAGGGUGCCUUGGGAAGACGUGGUGCAUCCUGAGUUUAUUAGCAGACCCCCAAAAGCCAGCCAGUUGGUUUUGGAGAACGGAAUGGUUGAGGAUACUGAGGUAAAGAAGGCGCAGGAAGACCCUGCUUUUGAAUGCGGGCAUGGGAUCCUGAUCGACACAUCCAUAGCGGGGUCAGCAGACAGACAGGACCCGUGCAAGACAGUCAAUCUUCUCCCCCCUCUGGAACAGGACAGCAGUGGGAGGAGCAGUGCUGCUGAUGAUUCCGAAGGUGAAUAUGUAGAGCUCGCAGAUAUCACCCUUCCACGCUUCUCCCCGCAGAAAGGCUCCCUGACCGAGUCGAUAAGCAUUAACUUCAGAAACUUACACAAACCACGGACUACAGGGCCUCAACGACCCACAGCCGAUGCCUUUGAGAGCUCUGUGAAAAGUGUCGAGUGUCCACAGAGCAUGGUAUGCGCAAAACUGAUCGAGGAGAACCUCACCGAGCCGUUUCUGCACCAGACGUCACCGGGUCUGCACAGCGAACCAACAUCUUUUAAAGGUACAGCCCUGUCCGACUGUAUGCCUGAGCAUGAGCCUGUGACAGAGUGUGUGCCUGAACACUUGGACUGCAUCACUACAGCACUUUGUGACUCGAAAACGAACAAUUCAAUGCAUAUUGACCAUGAAUCUUUAACCCCCCCAGAACCAGAUUCUGACAGGCCUACGCUUAGUGCCUCUACCACUAAAAUAAAAACAAGUGCAAUUAAUAAGCAAAGUCGUGUAAGCAGGGUCGAAACAGACAGGAACUCAAGUGACCGUGUUGUUCAACGGGACGUUGGUGAACAAAGCGCAGAGCUUAUAGCGGCUUCAGAGUUGGUUGAGCCGCCAAAAGAGGCGCAAAUAGAGGUAGAAGCACAGACCGAGCUCAAACAGGAAUAUCAUAGAGAUCAGCCAGCUAGUCAACCAGCAGAAUCUGAGGAGAACACUGAGGAGUGCAGGCCAGGGUCAGAAAGCCCCCAGGGGCAGCAGGUAGACCGGGCCAUUGUCUCCACACUGCCCGCAGAGGGUCACGUUACAGCCGUUCUUCCAGGUCAUGGGAGGACAGAGCCAUGUGAGAAGAAAGAAAGUGAGAACAGUAAUUACGAAUAUGUAGAUGCAGAUAUGAAGCUACCCAGAGAUGAGACAGAGAGAGAACAAGUAACUGAGAUGCAGUAUGUGGAUGAUAGUGAAACAGAAGAGAAGGAACUGGAAAGGGGGUCUGAGAAUGAAGCGCGCACACAGGGAGUGGCUGUUGAUGUGGUAGAAGAAGCAACGACUCCACAAACAGGUUUGGUUAAUUCCACACCCAAAUCUGGCACAAGUGUAAGCACGACUCCAGGUCACGAAACAUGCGCUUCUUUAGGUACUGAGGAAAGAAAAGAAAUGCAAGAAAGACAAAAGAAAGAGGCUGAGGAGUUAGACGAAGUUGAAUGUAUGCAAAUCGAGUCCAUGGGUGUUGGAAUUAUGGGAUGUCCCGUGAUUGAGAAUAGGGUACCCGCAGAAAUUAAAACAGAGUCUGAGGUCUUUCAAAACCCUGGGGUUACAUCAGAUGUGGCAGUUGUACAUGACAACACACCCUCAGAGAAAUUAAUAAGUACACACACUCCGGAUGCACUGCUGGAGGGAGUGAACAUCUCUGCUGUGGUUGAAGUGGAGGAGGAGGUGAGCGAAAGAGAGGAAAAAAGAAUAGAGGAGCAGAGACCGCAGGAUGAGUCUGUUAAUAACACGCAGCUGGAAGCAGGAGAGGAGGUUCAUCAUCAGCAGGAGAAAGACUCCAUGCAUGCAGACGGCCAGUCGCUGUGUCCUGUUUCAGUGACCCCUCCUGUGGGUAAAAUUUACACAGAGGAUUCUACAGUGACGUCUCCCAGUCAGGCCGUGAGGAAACAGCCUCUUCUCACUGAAGCCCAUCACAUUAAUUCUGACAUCCUGCGAUCCGGAGUGCUCUGCCUGCCUGGGACGCGAGACAAGUCAGGCCAUGCACUCGUAACAGUGACAACAAGAAACACCACUUGGCUGAACCUAAACUGCAACAGUAGUGAGCUUGUGCGCAUAAUGGUUUACUUCUCCACCAUUCUCAGGAAGGAAGUGCAGACACUAGGUUUGACUGUUCUAGUGGAUGCCCGCAGGUGCUCACCUGUUCCUGCUCUCUUCAAAGCCUUCACUGUUUUACAGGAGGCCCUGCCUGGAUGUAUCCACACUGUCCUUGUAUUAGCUGAUAGAGAUCUGGCUUCACGCAUGGAGAAGCCUACUGCCGUUCAGGUGGAGUUGCUAACCUCUCUGAAAGCUCUCCAUAAGCACGUUGAGGCAUCUCAACUCCCCAUGGAGUUCGAUGGCACUUUUCCUUUCUCCCAUAACAGCUGGAUCUGUUUCAGGACUAGGGUUGAACAGUUGACCAGUCAUUGUGAAGACGCAAUAAAUCUUCUACAAAGCACUAUCAGCAGUCUGGAGUCUACAGUUCUGCCGCCUACUGCAGAGGAGGCCCAGGUUCUGCUGUACAAGUAUAGAGAGUUGAUGAGGAGUGUGCUGGAGGACGGCCGGCUUGUGCGUCUGCAGCUGGAGGGAGGAGCCGCUCUGUCCCGCCUCCGCAAAGAGGACACCAGUGUCAGCCUCACCGAGGACUACAGAGAUGCCAUCGAGGGUGUGGGGAGUCUGUAUGACCAGGUGGAUGAGCUGGUUCAUAAACUGGUGAAGCUAUCUAACAAGUGCAUGCAGGAGCUGGAGUUUAUUAUGGAGUUCAAGACCCUGGAGGAGGGAUUCAGGGAGGUCACUCAGUGGAUAGACGAGGUAGGAGACAGUCGGCUGCAGACGCUGGGGGAGUUGGAAGAUUCUCUGGAGCAACUACGCAGCAAGCAGAAGCUUUUCAGAGAUUUCUACUUAGCGGCUUAUGACCACUGUAAGAGUGGAGAAGCACUUCUGAAGCGGUUGGAGCGAUGGGAGGAUAUCUCAUCAGCCGAGCUGCAGGUGUACGAGGUUAAGGUCCGCUCCUUCUGGGUCCACUUGCAAGAUUUUUCCCAGAGAGUCGAGGACACUAAGGAGAAAAUCGACAAGACUGUACGCCUCUACGAGUUCUUCGACAGGGCGUACGGAUGGGCUCUGGAAGGCAUGAGGCACUUGGCCUGUGUAAGUAUGGAGGAUUGUAGCGCACCUGAAAAGAGCCAGAGUGUGAUGGCCUGCCUAGAGAACUACCGCGGCCAGCAUGUGCCAAUCCCAGACGCACACUUCCAGGAGAUGAAGGACCUCGCUGUGGAGCUGAAGAGUGACCAAGGACUCAAACAGUGGAAAUUCGCCUGGUCCAAGUGUCAGGAAACAAAACAGAUGUUUGAGAAAAAACUAGAGACCGCGCUGCGUGCUCGCAACUCUGGUUCCGGUGCCAGCAACCACCGCGGCCCUCAGGAGAGGAGCAGCAGCCUUUCGUUCUCCUGCAGGAAAGCCUUCAGCAGCAUCCGCUCCAGAGACAGACUCUCCUCCACCCCCUGCAGCCCAGUAGGCACUCGUUCGGAUGCCCACGAUUCUCUUAGGACUCCGACGGGAAGUCCAUGUCACACGGAGAACCGGAUUCCACACAGCACUCCCCUUAACUCGCACAGACUCACACGCAGCGCAUCUUCAGAUGAGCCUCCUUACCCAUCAUACUCAUCAUCUUGCUCUGCUAGCCCCGCCUUAUCCUCUCUAGGAGACACGAAGCGAAGGGUUCUGAGGAAAACUCAGAGCUUCGAUGUUCCUGGAAGCGAGGUGAGCACGCGGUACGGCAUUUGCCAGCGGACGCUAAGUGAGCCGGCUCGCAGGGGCCACAUGGGCGUGUUUAUAAAAGGCCUGGAGGUGAGCAGCACAGAAGCGACCGAUCGGCCCUACAGCUCACGGCUAGCACCGGCACACGACUGGGCUUCACAGGAUACACACCUUACAGGGAGCCCUGUAUCAGAGCCACGUGCCAAGGGCAGUAAACUUCGGCACAUCGUGGAUGAAAUGGUAACAACAGAGCGUGAAUACGUACGCUCCUUACGUUACAUCAUCGAUCACUAUUUCCCUGAGAUGGAGCGCCCCGACCUGCCCCAGGACCUCCGGGGAAAGCGCAGUGUCAUCUUCGGCAACCUGGAGAAGCUGGUGGACUUCCACAGUCAGUAUUUCCUGAAGGAGCUGGAGAGCUGCUGUAACCACCCGCUCCGUGUCAGCCACUGCUUCCUGCGCCAUCAAGACCAGUUUGGGUUGUACGCACUAUACAGCAAGAAUAAGCCCAAGUCAGACUCAUUGCUGGCCAGCCACGGAAACAGCUUUUUCAGGCAUAAACAGCUGGAGCUGGAGGAUAAGAUGGACUUGGCUUCGUACCUGCUGAAGCCCAUCCAGCGAAUGAGUAAAUACGCCCUGCUGCUCAAGGAUCUGAUUAAGGAGGUGAGUGAGGCUCAAGAGCAGGAGCUGGCGUAUCUACGUGCCGCUGCUGAGAUGGUCAAGUUCCAGCUGCGCCAUGGAAACGACCUGCUGGCCAUGGACGCCAUCCGCGACUGUGAUGUGAAUCUAAAGGAGCAGGGCCAGCUGGUCCGACAGGAUGAGUUUACCAUCUGGUACGGGAGGAAGAAGUGCCAAAGACAUGUGUUCCUGUUUGAGGACCUAGUUCUGUUCAGCAAACCCAAACGCAUCGAGGGAGGCCUGGAUGUGUACAUAUACAAGCACUCGUUUAAGACAGCUGAUGUGGGGAUGACGGAGACGUCGGGUGAGAAUGGGCUGCGCUUUGAGAUCUGGUUUCGCCGGAGAACAUCAAAGAACCAGACAUACAUCCUCCAGGCUGCUACUGCUGACAUUAAACAAGCAUGGACCUCAGACAUCGCCCGCAUACUGUGGCAACAGGCCACACGCAACAAAGAAAUCCGCAUGCAGGAGAUGGUGUCAAUGGGAGUGGGUAAUAAGCCGUUUUUGGAUAUUAAACCCAGCGAUGCUGCGAUCAAUGAUCGAGCGAUUGAUUACAUCAUGAAGGGCAGAGGAGCCAGGACAAGGGCGUCCAUUGCUGUCUCUCUAUUUGACCACUCGAAUCCAUUCAAGAGAGCUGCUGUGAGUGCGCCAGCUAACGGAUCCCCGGGGUCAGGUGGACCCCCCUCUUCCACAUUGCUAGGGCCCCUCAACCUGCACAUGUACAGCAGCCAGAGUCUGCUGCCAGGGGAAAGACCCCUAAUCAGCCCCUGCAUUGAAGAGGACGAGCUUGAACAUGAAACCAGCAGCCAGCCUUCUAUGACUACAGAGAGUUCGGGGUCGUCCUCACACUGUCUGUCUGGCAGCGGCUCGAGUGGUUCAGACAGCGGCUGUGUAUCCAGUCACCUCCCUGAGGCUCUGUCUGAGGAACCCAGCUCGCCGUGUGACUCGUCCUGCUUCACCUCAGAGCACAAACCCAGCUUCAACAGCCAGUACAUUUCAGAGAAAGGUGCUCAGAUUCUAGGCCCCUCCACUAUAGUGUGAGCUCUUUGUUUAACCACAGCUGCUACUGUUUAAUGUCUGGCUGCCCCCCCGUAGAAGACAACAGUGUCGCCCCACACAGAAGAGAGGAAACAGACGCGUAUUUAUUGUCCUGCUCAACCUCUGUUAAAUCUCAUCUCAUUUCAUGGACUUCUGAUAAAGCUGAAAAAUAGCACUGUUUUCAAAAAAGAAAUGCCACUUGAGAGCUGAUAUACCUUGUACCUUGUUUUUAAGAAGGUUGAUUUAAAUGUUGUAUUCAUCUUUGUUUUUUUUAUCCUGGUACAGUAGUUCUCUGUAAUCUGUAAAUGUAAAUAAUUGUUUUAGUUUAACACAGUUGUAAACUGUUUCUAUCCCCCCCAUUUGUCUGUAGACCACUUUGCUGUAGACUGCAAAUUAAUCGGCUCUGAAAUACCUCAAUACCAGAAGGCAGAGCUACACCCGAUCAUAGGGGUACAAUGCUACUCCUCUGAUAGUUCAAAAGCAGUAUGUUUUUCUCUUUUAAAAGAUUAAUGACUUUGUAAUGUUCAGUUUUUAUUCAUUUAUGUAUGUUGGGGUUCUGUAUGCUGACCUUGGGCCAGUCAUGUGGAAUGUGGCUGCUACUGGCUCACUGGUCUUCAGUUGGUCAGACCUGUUCCAGGAUCAGUGUUCAUGUAGAGCAGUCAGCAUGUCAAGGAAUUCUGAAGAGAUUUUCCUCUCACCCUUGGUCAGUCAAAGCCGGUUGUGCUACCCAGUGGGCGCUGGUCACUGCUUUACAUCCUGUUUGAAAAGGGAGUUCAUUUCACUUGUCUUGUAUCUGCUUUAAAUAGAACAGCAAAACCAGACAAAUAAAACUGUACAGUGCCUGUAAAUAUUAGCACAAAUGGUGCAUAAGUAAGUAAAUAGCAUGUAGGAGGGUAAGACUUCUUAUAACUUUGUACAUAAAUGCACUAGUCAGCCAACCAGGGAGUCACUAAAGUGCCAUUCAUGUCAACCAUUCAAAACACACACAAAAAAGUUGAAUUUCCACUUACAGUUGAAGAAUAAAUGUCACUUUUAAAUUGUCAUAUUUGCUAACAGGUUCAAACAUAUUUAAUAAAACUGGAUUGGUUUAUAUCCACAAUAAAUGCAAGUUUCAUUUUAUUUCUGUUUUAGCCUAAGAGGCAUUAUUUUAAAGGUUAGUAUUAAAUCUACCACUAAUAAGUACCUCAUUCCUUCAGAGACUAUUAAUUAAGACUUAAAUUUAUGUAGAGUAGU